ACUCAAGUAAACAAUGGAGCUUAGUGGCUAUCUGCAGACUACAGACAGGCAGGAACACUCUUGGGGAUUCACAGAGGGCAAGGAUGAUGUCUGUAUCCCAGUUACCUGGUGAGCCUCACAGGAGGCUCCUUCCAUUGUUCGUGGGCCUGAGGUACAGGAAUGUGUCCUUUGUAUUGGACACCUCAGAGGCCAUGAGCACUGCUCUGGGGUCAGUGAAGCGCCUGCUCAUCCAGACCCUGCUGAACAAGGCAUCCCUCAGAGACUCGCUCUUCAACAUCAUAGGCUUCUCAUACAAGGUAACCCGUUGGUCUGAGCACAUGGUGCCCUGUGCUCCAGACACUGUCUACGAGGCUCUAUCCUGGAUUCACUCCCUCAGCUCCAGCCCAGGUAGGGACCUCCUGGCUGCCCUGAGCACAGCCUUCAGCGACCCAGCCUGCCAUGCCGUCCACCUGGUCACCACCGGUCUCCCUGACCACCCAGAGGAACUCCUCCGGGCCCUAUCAACCAUGGCAGGGGAGAGGCCAGUCCAUGUGUUCCACCUGUCGCUAUCUAACCCCAGCAGUAGCAGCUCUCUGGACGGCAGGACUCAGGACUUCAUGCAGUGUCUGACUCACGCCACAAGAGGGAACUGUUAUGUUCUCCCUGUCGGGAUGGAUGGGGAAGUAGAGCAGGUGAUUCCAUUGUACACUGCUGAGAGCCAGCCCUCAGUGCCGAACUGUUCUCCAGUGAAGUCCUGCAGUCAGUCCCCCUCUGUUGUUCCACUGCAGCCUUUACUGCCCUUAUCUCCUCUCAGGUUGGUCUCCUGGAUUACCAAAUGUUAAACAGCUACAUACAGAAUGCACUGUAUACACUGGGAUUAUACACCACUAGCCUGGAUACCAGUCUGUGUAGCUAACAUUCCACUCAUCAUGCUCAACACACUUUGGCACAUCACACAGAGUACAAGGAGUUGAAUAUUAGCUAAACAGGCUGGUACCCAGGCUAGUAAACCACUGCUAUAACCACAAAAUAAUCAAGCAUUUCUGGACAAUUUGUCUAUUGUGUGUACAGUAUCUAAGCAUUUAUGGACAGGAUUUAUGUACAGUAUCUAAGCAUAUACGUACCGGAUGUGUAUAGACAUGUUAUUGACUACAUCUAUGCAGUCUGGUUCCCACUGAGGUAAAAAACAUAUAUAUUUAUUGUGGUUGUGCUGCAGGUGUAUGCUUGGUAAUCCCUUCUGUCCAGUUAGUAGCUGUGUGUUGUCAGGGAGGGCCCUGUCCCUAUGCAGCACAGAGUUUCUCCCAGGCUGCCGUGUGUUGGCCAGGAGGGAGCUGGAUGGCCUUUACUACUUGGGCACUGUAACGGAGCUAGUCCAGGGUCGAAGAGGAGUGUACGUGGUUGAGUUUGACAGGCCGGGGACGAGGAGACCCGAAGGGGGAGACGGUCGCGCUAUGAGGAUGUCCCAGCAACAGCAGCUAGUCUGCUCUCCAGACAUGCUGAACCACACUCAGGCCCACACACACUGUCUGGUCCCUGGGGAUGCAGUGUUGUCCCCGUGGGAACCUGACCUGAGGAGAUACGGUCCGGGGAGAGUGGUCUCCGGAAUGGAGACACGAGAUUCAGUGACAGUAGAGAGUGGGAAGGGGCUCCAGGUGCUGCUGUGGAAUGGUAGGCUGAUGCAGGUGCCUGGGGAUCUAGCUGUGUGGAUCCCGGCUUCUCAGCAUGAACGGAUCGUCAGGGAGUUCCAGCGAAUUCCUCUGCCGCCAUGCUGCAAUGACAAUUUGCUCCACGUCCACAGCACCAUGUGGCCUCCCUAUCUGUACUGCACUGGGUCACAGUGCUGUCCAUCAGCAGGUGGACCAUGCCAUUGUCCAAUCAUGCAGCCAUGGUGGCCACUGAGAGUUCCGCCUACUCAUGUGCAUGGCCUGAGAGAGGGGGAGGGGCUAGAGCGGAAAAAUCGGCAAGAGAGGGCAGAGCUAGAGAAGAAGGUGGACCUCCAGUUGGGUGAGCUCAAGGAAACUAAAGAGGUCGAACCUGAGACAUCAUCUUCGUCCUCUUCAUCCCUGUCGGGUGAUGAGGAAGCAGGGGCCAUAGGGGAAAAGUCUGUCAGCCCAUUGGCUAGCACAGAGCCCUCUCCCCUGGACACGCUGGGGCCAGAACACGGCCGACCUGACUGGAGGUACUGGAGGAGAAGCCAUCCAGAGCCACAGCACAGACAACCAGAGAAGGUACCAAGGGGAAAAUUCCAGUCUAUGAAAAUCAGCUACCCUGACGUCGAGAUCAGUGGCUCACCCAAUCACAGCUCCAUGUUUCAGCCACUUCCUGGCUGUGAGAGGAGGGUGACCAUCAGGGAUGUGUUUGGCCUGACAGACUCCAAACCUCGUCCAAAAACGAGACUACAGUUAACCGCUGGCAACACGAUCACAGGUGUUUAUACAUGAUGGUUUUGACUAUUGAAGAUGAAUCAUGUGGGGUCUUAAAAACACCCACACCAGUAGAAAUACACAUUUGAGCUGAAAGACAAUGGGCAGAGCUUACCCAUGAUGUUGCGCAACAGUGUAAGUCACUAAGUCAUAGUUUUAGUCAAAGUAUGAUAUAUUUCGGCUUGAAGUGCCAGAUCCAAACGUGUGACUUCAGAUGUUUCCUUGAGUCUUACGUGUCUUUUCCUAUGGAGAUGACGUGCAAAUUACUUCCAGCCUACGUUUCAUUUCAGGGCUGGGUUUUAAUUAAACAUUACCACCCACCAGCAUGGCAAUAUCUAUUAAUCAGAAACACCUGCUGCAAAGUUUCCUAUUCACGACUUGUCUGAGAGCCAAACAGCUUUUCU